GUCCAGGUCUGGAUCCUCCAGCAGCAGCAGCAGCAGCAGCAGCAGCAGCAGCAGCAGCAGCAGCAGCAGCAGCAUCCAGCUCUCUGUCUCUGGUGGAUCAGUGAUCCUGCAGAGUCCUGUCCUCCCUGUGAUGGAGGGAGAUGACGUCACUCUGAGCUGCAGAGCAAGGAAUCCAACCCACAACCUCCCAGCUGCUUUCUAUAAAGAUGGCUCCUUCAUUGGUGAUGGAUCAUCAGGUCACAUGACCCUCCUCCAUGUUUCCAGCUCUGAUGAAGGCCUCUAUAAAUGUAACAUCAGAGAUCAUGGAGAGUCUCCAUCCAGCAGGAUCUCUGUCAAAGAGAAACCUCCAACCACCUCUCCACCUUCCUCCUCCUCCUCUUCCUCAGAGAAACCCACCAACAUCUCUGUCUCUACAGUCCCACCUGGUCCAGGUUCUUCCUCCAGUUUUCCCUUAAUGGAGCUUCUUGUUGCAUCUGGUUGUGGUUUGGUUUUCCUGCUGUUGCUGGUUGUUCUGGUUUUACUGGUGAAACGACGAGUUCAUAACAAACCUAAAGGUGAUGAAGGAGGAAGAGGAGAGGAUGACAUCACUUCCAGAAACAUCAGGACGUUCCAGAGUAAACAGAAGAAAACCAAACCAGGAACAGGAAAUGGCAGUGAAGCAGCUAGAGUUUAUUCAGCAGUAAAAACAGGAGAAGUGACUUAUGGAGAGAUAAUCAUCAACAACGAGAAGAAGCCGAAGUCGAAGGCCAGAGGCAGUGAAACAGCUGGAGUUUAUUCAGCAGUAAAAACAGGAGAAGUGACUUAUGGAGAGAUAAUCAUCAACCAGAAGAAGAAGAAGAAGAAGCAGAGGUCAAAGGCCACAGAGAAUCAAUCAGGCCCAGAUGUUCUCUACUCCUCAGUGAGGUCACCCAGAGUUGACCUCUGACCUCCAGCAGCUGUCAGAUCUACUGGGAUCAGCUGGACUGGUUUCCAGUUGCAGCUCAGGAAACCAGUAGCAUGAGCUAAGUGUUGCAGUCAGAGACAUAGCUAAUGGCUAACAGCAGUCCAAGCUAACAGCAAGCUAACAACAAGCUAAUUCUUUGGUUUUUAUGUAUUUUAACUCAGCAGCAACAUGUUGACCAGCAGAGGAAAUAAAACAUUUCAUCACAGCAGCUCUUCCUGUGCGGCGGCCAUGUUGGAUUUUAAGUUCUGGGUUGAAAUGUUUGAAUGUUUUUUAUCUGGAAAUUUAAAGUUUCAGAUUAGCUUCAUGCUAAUUUAGCUUCUGAAGACAGAAAGGAUUUUAUUUUAAGUUUUACAAUAAAUAAUUUUCUGGUGUCUCAGAAUCUGCAUCAAAUAAUAAAUGAAUGAAUUUAUUCUGUUUUAAUAUCAUGUUAGUCUUUUAGGUUUAUUUUAUAAUAACUUAAUUUCUAUUAAACUCUUGUUUGUGUUUAGUAACAACAGAUGUUAUAUUUGUUACUGUUAUCCUGAACAGAUUGAAUUACAAUAUGAAUCUAAAUUUACUGCAUAAAACAGCAGAAAUGGUUUGAUGGUGAAAAGUGAAGAUUAUUUGAUCCUGUUUGGAUCCAGACAUGUUGGUUGAAGCUGAACAUCAGAAUCUGAUUCAUCCUGAGAUGUUAAAAUACUGACUUCACUCAGACAUGAAGCUUCUUUAAAACAGUUUCAUGAACUAAAAGAGGAUUUUCAGGUUUUAUCAGCUCUGAGUUCAGAUGAAGGUUUUAUUUACAGCUUCAGUGAUGAAGGAGUGAUGAAGAGGAGGCUGAUGUAACUAAUCUUCAUCAGUCAGGUUGAGAUCAGCCUGACUGCUAAUAUGACCUGAACUUUAAAUCUUUUGUUUAAUCAUCUAAAUUCUGGUUUCAGUAACUUGAUGUUGAUGAACCAACAUCAGCAGCAGGAAAUCAGCUUUUUGUUUCCUGUUUCUGUUUUUCUUUCAUUGUGGAAAAACGUUUGAUCUUCUUCUUCCCAUCGUUGCUUCAGGCUCUGAUGUUUCCAGACAUUAAUUCUUCUGUUGGCUCCUUUAAUCAGCCAUCAGGUUAAAUCAGCUCCUUUCAGCCUCUCAGUUUUCAUCAUAACUCCACAUUUCUGGUUAUUUUUAACAUCUAAAAGCAGAAAUUCACACGUUGCAGCUGCUGUCUGAACAUUUCUGCUUUCUGAUCAUUUUUUCCGAUCAUAGUUUUAGCAGUGAACCGUUUUUCUCCUCUGUGGUGAAACGUGUUUAUUUUUGUUGAUAGAGACGAGAAGCCGAUCAGUUCCUCUUCUCUACAGGAUUUAUAUUUAGAGAUUUAUAUUUAGAGAUUAGCCGCCCAGUUGUUGAGAGAUUAAAAACCUGUGAAAACUUGAAGCUGUUGGUGAGAAAAGUUUGAGUUUAAAAACAGAGACAGGAAACAUUUCAGCUUCUUGGUCAUGUGUUUCUAAAUAUCUGAGUUCUCCGAAAUGUUUAACUGAGUUUCCAAAGAAAUGAGGCAAAGUGUCGACCUUUGACCUCUGAGUUUAUCUCUCAUUAAUUCAUCUGUUGGUUUCUCUCAGUUAGUGAAGGAAAAACCUCAAUGGUCACAGAAAUCACUUCAAUCUGACAAAGAAAAUAAUGAAUAAAGAUUCUAUGAAAAUGAAAGUCAGUCAUUGAUUUUUAAACAUUUUCAAAUUAAACUCCUGGAUAAAAUGAUAAAAGUUAAGUUGAUAUUUUGUUGCUCAACCUUUUGAGUUGAUCAACCAACGAUUCUGGUAUUUUAUUUCUCUGCUCAUCAACAAACUGCUCUCAGUUCUGAAACCUUUUCCAGAUGAAACGUUUCAGCUCCGUCAGUAGGAUUCAGGUCAGGGGUCAGAGGUCACUGCAGACUGGUUGAAUGUUUUCCUCUGUUUUUUAUCUGAGUGUUUUUAUCAUCAUCCUGGUGACCUGCAUGAUGAUCCAAACACUGAGCAGCACAUUUCUCUCUAGAAUCCACUGAGAGUCUUGAGGUUUCAUUCUAACCCUGAACCAGAUGGAGCAACGCAGCCCAGAGCAUAACGGAGCCUCCUCCGUGUUUCACAGUGACUGACAGUGAUCUUUUCUUCAUCUGCUUCAUUUCUCCAUCCUUCAAAGAGCUGAUGUGUCAAGAAGUUCAGUUUCUGUCUCAUCUGUCCAGAGGAAAAUCCCCCAGAAUCUUUGUGUCAACAUGCAGUUUGGUAAAUUCCAGUCUGGAUAUUUUAUGAUUUGUUUUCAACCAUCUUGAAAACAAAUCAUCUCCUUUUAAGUUACUUUGGGUCAAAGGUCGGCUGGUCCGAUCUGAUGCUGAUGUUCCUUCAAGUUCACCUUUAACCUCUUUAGAAGUUUUUCUGGACUCUAUUUACUGUUCAUAUUCUCCAUUCAGGAUCCCAUCAUUUUUAUCCAGUUUAUGUUUUAAAAUAUUUCUGUUGAAUCAUGUUUAAAAAGCUGUCUGACUUUCAUUUGUUCAUUUUUAUAGAAUUUUUAUGCAUUAUUAUCUUUGUCAGAACCACUGGGACCCGAGCAGACCCUUAGCAUCAUGCUGCCACCACCAUGCUGGACAGUUAUUUUCCAAACAUUGUUAGAAGAGUCAUUGUUGGUCAAUCAGCUCCAUGUUUCUGUGACUAUAAAACAUUUAGCUGCAGCUUUCAGUUCAUCUCAGGGUGUCACAGUUGGAACUGGUGGUUUUUAUUGAUUGGCUCUGCUUAAGAUGCUAACCAGUUUGAGACGCUAACCAGUUUUAGAUGCUAACCUGGCUCGCUGUGGUUAAUGGUUCCAGUCUGAGGUUGACUGGUUUGGUCUGAUGGAAACCAGUUUGUUGCUCCAACAGAAGGAUGAUCCAAACUGGUUUUAUUAUGGAUGAUGAUUCUGGAAUGGACUCAACCUCAACUUUAUGGAAAAUAUAUGAAUAAUGUAUGAAAUGAACCAGUUUUAAUAAAGUUCAGCAGUUCUGUUUCCAUGCAUAGAGAUAUCUGUGGCAUGCACUCACUUAACAUAGGCCUACAUAAUCCUACAAUAACAUGAUAUUUACAGUUGGUUUUCAGAUCCCUUGCACCUCCAUUGGACACUGAGACAUGUGUGUCUGCUUUGCACACUGUGCACAAGGCCUCUCAUUUGUCUCGACCCGGUCUGAAAGCGGGGAAACUCUUUUGUAAAUCGUCGGUAAACAAACGUACAUUUGCGCUUUGGCAUGUUGUUGUUUUAGUAACAGCCACGCUAUCUAUCUUCUGAUGAAGAACAGGGCUGCCCGCACUGACGCGCUCAGGGAUUACGUCACACGCAGCGCCGUGCGCAGGGCCCUAGUGCCCGUAAAUUUAAUGGUCCAAUGAAGGUAAUUUAAAAAACAGGACAUUUCCUCACUUUCUAAAAAAAAAAAACCCGGGACAGGACGUGAAAUAGGGACGUUUGGUCACCCUAGAUAAAGUGUUUGUUAAAACUGCAUUUUAUAUAAUUAUUUUAUGUAUUUAUAUAAUGUGGUUAUAUAUAAUGCUCAUUGCUCUGAUUUAUGUUCAUUUUUUAUAUUUCUCUGAUCUUUUAGCUGAUUUUAACUCCUGUUUCUGUUUUUGAAGCAGCAGACAGAAAAACCAGCUAAAAGCUUUUUUACUCUGAUGAUUUUCUGUUCAUUAAUUAAAUAAAUAACUAAAUAAAACCAUAAA